GAUCUGCUGAACUUUGAGUUCACGGAGCCCGGUGAGGACGAAGCAGACGGUGGUGCUGCUGAACGCUGCUCAGGUAACGUUAUCGGCGGUAGUGGUGAACUUACAAACUGGACACCGGAUGUCCUCGGUGACAAGGACAAGGCCAUCGUGGUGCUAAAUCCAGCUGAGUCCAGGGAGAUGUUCGUGGGUGGUGAUUCUUCAGUUAGACUGCCGUCUCUCUUUAGUUUGCGCUAUUUGGUGAGUCAUAAUUAUAGUGGCUCACGCCAGAAGCGCCCCAUCGAACCCACUGUGAUGAAGGCGGUGAUAAAACAGUCGCUGAUGCAGUUUGGAGCGCGGAGUAGCUUUGGCGACCAUUUCGCACAGGGCAAACUGCGCGACUACCUUAACAAUGCCUUCCGUGUCAUGGCUUUCCGUCGGAGACGAGGAGAUCGUGUGAAGUCGCCCUUCUGGAACGAUGCUGGAGAGCCCAUCCUCACCUUGGAUCCCCCCAAGGACUUUCGACUCAAUGGUCUUAUAAUCACUAAGGUUCUGCCUGUGCGAUGA